UAAUUUUAAGUCACUAUAAAAAGUAUACACAAUAAUGUUUAGUAGUAUUUUAUUAUGCUACUACUACAGUACUACUUGAAUAAUCAAUUUGCCCUAAUUUAAAAAUUCAGUUUGGAGUUGUGUUUGUGUGUCUCUCUUCUCUAUUCCUUCAAGGCAACUAAAACAACAUUGCGUGACUUCUUCUGAAACCACCAUCUCUACUUCUCCGAUCAAAAACUAUGGCUUAUUUAGCUUCGAUUUCUUCAUCCUUAUCCAUAUUCAAGAAUCCCCAACUCUCAAGAUUCCAAUUUGCUUCUUCCCCACCAAACCCACUUGUUCUACGCCCUAGAGUUCAGAUUCUGAGUAUGCCCAUGAACAAGACACCGUCUUUAGUGGUGGUGGCGGCUACGACGGCGGCUGAGAAGCAGAAGAAGAGGUAUCCUGGAGAAUCCAAGGGUUUUGUGGAGGAGAUGAGGUUUGUGGCUAUGAAACUUCAUACGAAAGAGCAAGCCAAGGAAGGUGAGAAAGAGACUAAAGCUAUUGAGGAACGUCCUGUGGCUAAGUGGGAGCCUACUGUUGAGGGUUACUUGAAGUUUCUUGUGGAUAGUAAAUUGGUUUAUGAUACGCUUGAACAGAUUAUUCAAGAUUCCAAUUUCCCAAGUUAUACUGAAUUCAAGAACACGGGACUGGAAAGGGCGGAUAAAUUGGCCACAGAUUUGGAGUGGUUCAAGGAACAAGGUUAUGAGAUUCCAGAACCAACUGCUCCUGGUAAAACAUAUUCUCAGUAUUUAAAGGAUUUAGCAGAGAAGGAUCCUCAAUCAUUCAUUUGUCACUUCUACAACAUCUACUUCGCCCAUAGCGCCGGUGGACGAAUGAUUGGCAGAAAGGUAGCAGAGAGAAUACUUGACAAUAAAGAACUCGAGUUCUACAAAUGGGAUGGCGAACUUUCCCAGUUAUUACAGAACGUAAGGGAGAAACUGAACAAGGUUGCCGAGGAGUGGACGAGAGAAGAA